UGAACGCUGAGCUGUUGUCAAUGAAUAGCAUUUUCAAAUAGGUGUUAUUUUUGUCCAGGUGGGAAAUGGCAGUGUGGGUUGCGAUUGAGAUUGCAUCAUCUGUGGAUCUGUUGGGGCGGUGUAACAAUCUUAGGCGUAGUGGGUGAGGAGUCAGGUGCAGGAGGCAGAAAGUUCUGAAUAGCUCUUUAUUCAGCACCAGGCAAAAUAGUAUAUAAAACGAAACUGAGCGUCAUAAAACAAAUGCCCAAAACAGGAACCAAACCAAGAUCGCACUACCACACAUAUAAAGUGGGAAUAAACAAGCCCGCAUGAAGAGCAGGCGGCCUACCGACUUAAAUAGCCAAACACACGAAGAGCAGGCGGCCUACCGACUUAAAUAGCCAAACACAAGAAGAGCAGGCGGCCUACCGACUUAAAUAGCCAAACACACAAAGAGCAGGCGGUCUACCAACUUAAAUAGCCAAACACACGAAGAGCAGGCGGCCUACCGACUUAAAUAGCCAAACAUACGAAGAGCAGGCGGCCUACCGACUUAAAUAGCCAAACAUACGAAGAGCAGGCGGCCUACCGACUUAAAUAGCCAAACAUACGAAGAGCAGGCGGCCUACCGACUUAAAUAGCCAAACAUACGAAGAGCAGGCGGCCUACGACUUAAAUGGCCAAACAUACGAAGAGCAGGCGGCCUACCGACUUAAAUAGCCAAACAUAUGCAGAGCAGGCGGCCUACCGACUUAAAUAGCCAAACAUACGAAGAGCAGGCGGCCUACCGACUUAAAUAGCCAAACAUACGAAGAGCAGGCGGUCUACCAACUUAAAUAGCCAAACACACGAAGAGCAGGCGGCCUACCGACGUAAAUAGCCAAACAUACGAAGAGCAGGCGGCCUACCGACUUAAAUAGCCAAACAUACGAAGAGCAGGCGGCCUACCGACUUAAAUAGCCAAACAUACGAAGAGCAGGCGGCCUACCGACUUAAAUAGCCAAACAUACGAAGAGCAGGCGGCCUACCGACUUAAAUAGCCAAACAUAUGCAGAGCAGGCGGCCUACCGACUGAAAUAGCCAAACACAUGAAGAGCAGGCGGCCUACCGGCUUAAAUAGCCAAACACAUGAAGAGCAGGCGGCCUACCAACUUAAAUAGCUAAAAGUCUAAACAAGAAACAGGUGAAACAAAUCAGACCAAACCAACAGAAAAGGGAAAAGGGAUCAGUGGCAGCUAGUAGGCCGGUGACGACGACCGCCGAGCACCACCCGAACAGGAAGGGGGAGCCACCUUCGGUAGGAGUUGUGACAGACGGUAUGUUAAUUGGAGAGGGUCUAGGGUUUCUGGGAUAAUGGUGUUGAUGUGAGCCAUUUAUAUUAUGAUAUGUUGUGUUAUCAUGAUAAGUGGCCAAGCCUAACACUAUGGCUGUGUUACUUCUGUGAUAUAUUCCAGAUUGUACAGGAGAUGAGUUGAGUUCAGUAUUAUAAAUACUCUUGUAGCCGUGGAAAUGGUAUGUGAGCUUAUGAUUUACUAGUCCUGUGUUUACCACUGUGUUCCUUAGGCGGACACACUCACCAGCAGCAGACCUUCCAAGAACUAUGCAAGUGGCAAGGAAAUCUGAACCUGUUGACGUUUCUGUUCUCUUAUAUAAUAACAGUCCAUUUAUUGUAUUUGUUUAGUAUUGUGAUAUUUAUGAAUUACAAAAUGAAUAUGUAUUUUUAUAUGAUAUGAAUGCAAAUUAAAACUGGAAGACACACAGAGACAUUGUUUUUGCCAGUGAUUUAUUUAUUUUAUGGAUUAAACCAUUAAGCACCACUAUCAAAGGAAACAGUAGACAGCAGUGUACUCAGAGAGUACUCGCUCUUCCCUGGACCGGUGGUCGCCAUGGAGGGCAUGAAUACCUCAGGGAGGAAGUUGGUAGCAUUUAAACUCUGAGGGGAGAGGGAUUCCUCUAAAACAUCUUUGUUUGAUUUCCUGGAUCCUGAUCAAGCCUAUUCCAGGACUUAAAAACUCUGUUGGAGAUUCUCAAGCUGACCGGUAUGACUUCAUGGAGAUUCUCAAGCUGACCGGUAUGACUUCAUGGAGAUUCUCAAGCUGACCGGUAUGACUUCAUGGAGAUUCUCAAGCUGACCGGUAUGACUUCAUGGAGAUUCUCAAGCUGACCGGUAUGACUUCAUGGAGAUUCUCAAGCUGACCGGUAUGACUUCAUGGAGAUUCUCAAGCUGACCGGGUUGACUUCAUGGAGAUUCUCAAGCUGACCGGUUUGACUUCAUGGAGAUUAUCAAGCUGACCGGUAUGACUUCAUGGAGAUUCUCAAGCUGACCGGUAUGACUUCAUGGAGAUUCUCAAGCUGACCGGUUUGACUUCAUGGAGAUUCUCAUGCUGACCGGUAUGACUUCAUGGAGAUUCUCACGCUGACCGGUAUGACUUCAUGGAGAUGCUCAAGCUAACCGGUAUGACUUCAUGGAGAUGCUCAAGACACCCUUUCCCUACAUCCCCUCUGAUGGCCUGACCUUUGACCCCCUGGUAGACCUCAUCAAUGUCAUUGUCGGGGACCUCCCCGACGUCUGCAUACUGCUGGGACCCUUUGUGGACUCCAAACAUGAGCAGAUAGAGAAGUUUCUGUUGACCGAGACGUUUGAUGCCAUCUUCUCCAGAUGUGUAGGGAGCAUCGUGAAAGGCACCGAGGGUAAAUAUGACUUUACAUGAACCUAUCCACCACACACACUGCCUCAUUUUACACCCUACAUACCAACCACAUUAGCUCAAAUGCUUCCCUUGCUGUUGUAAAUAGUUCUACUUCCUCCUCUGAGUUGAUUGUCGGUUUGUAUUUGUUCCCCCCCGAGAGAGAUGUCCACCAUCACUUAAUUUACCCACAACCCCCUUUCACCCUGCCGGACCUCCACAAGGACGAUGAGAAGGUCAUUAAAGUGUGCUUGUUAUCCUACCGAAUCACUACUUAUUUUACAGUGUAG